AUGGACAUUAUACAUGAUGCUUUUUCUUCAUUUGCUGCAAGACAUGAGGAAGAGGUUGUUUACGAGACCACUGAUGCAGACUAUGCUUUUUCAAAUGUUGACAAUGAUGAUUACGAUAAGUAUAAUAGGCUGCUUGAUAAAGCACAGACCCCAUUGUACCCUGGGUGUAAUGUAACUGUCUUGGGUGCCAUCAUUGAACAGAUUAUAACCAAAGUUGACAGCAAUUGGUCGAAUGUGUCAUUUAACCGUAACUUGGUGAACAUCAAGAAAUUGCUUCCUCCAGGAAACAACUUUCCCCACAGCUUUGAUAAGGUACAGAGUAUGUUGAAAGAUCUUGGCCUCGGUUAUGAGAAUGACGCAUGCAAGAAUAACUACGUUUUGUUUUAUGGAGUCAUCAACAAAGACCUAGAUUACUGUCCAGUGUGCAAAGCGUUGAGGUGGAAGUCAUCAUCUUCUUCAUCUAAGAAGAAAAGGAUUCCAAAGAAGGUGCUUCAUUAUUUCCCAUUGAUUCCUAGGUUGAAGCGUAUGUACAUGUCUUCACACACUUCAGAAAAGAUGAGAUGGCACGGGGUAACGAGAAAAAAUGAUGACACUCUCAGACAAUCCGCAGAUGGGGAGGUUUGGAAAUCAUUUGACAGAUCAUUUCCUGAUUUUGCAGAAGACAUUCGAAAUGUAAGACUUGGACGGGUUUAA